CAGGAUGCCGGCAUGUGGACCGACGCCAUCCGCAUCUGUAAGGAGUACCUCCCCAACAAGCUGGGCGUGCUGCAGGAGGAGUACGAGAGGGAGACGUCCCGGAGAGGACUGCAGGGGGGUGAGGGGCUCCUGGAGCAGGCCCGGGAGUGGGAGCAGUCGGGCGAAUACUCCCGCGCCGUGGAGUGUUACCUGAAGGUGAAGGACAGCGCCAACGCCGCGCUGAUGGAGAAGUGCUGCAUGAAGGUAACGACUGUCCGCAGUACGGCGUCCUCGCCUACAAAGGAGGAGAUGUAGGAGGCUUCAUCCAGAAUCCAGAAUCCAGCCCAGCAGCCUCUGCUCCAGCCGGGCUGCCGGGAUGACCUCGGAGCUGUGCCGGCUCUCACAUGGAGGCCAUGGAGUCUCAGAGAUCGAUGAUCCACGGGGAUCAGGAUUAAUCUGGAGCAGCGGCAUCUGCUUGAGGGCGGGGCCAGAGGUCACACUGGUUUGCUGCUGGUGUUUGAGGAAAGAUCACGCUCCUCAGAGUCGAUACUCGACUUCCUGCCGAGAGCUUCCAUUACAGCCGGACGGAGGCGGAACGCUGGGGAGCCUCUCAGAUCCGUGGAAGAAAGUCCUGCAGUUUAUUCAACACCAUGAAAACAUCCCAUAAUAGUAUUCUAAUAAUGACGCCUGGAGUGACAUCACACCACCUGUUUUAGCAUUAC